CUCAAAAUAAGAGUUAAAAGAGAAACGAGGGGAAGAUGACAGAUACACCUCCCAGUGACGGGCAAGGCCCAGGGGCCGACUUUGAUAUGAUGAGCGCUUUCGAAUGGAAGGAUGGAAUCGCCACUUUACCAGGCAGCGACAUACGGUUUCGUAUGACAGAGUUUGGUACAUUAGAAAUUGUGACCGAUGCAGAGCCUAAAGAUCAAGAAGAGGAGCCUGCCACUCAAACCGUACCCACAAACCACACACAUUUGCCAGAACAAACCCCUCCCACUAACCGCACCCUUCAGUCUCAUGCCGUGGUGGACCUGAGCAUGCAGGUGGUCCCUGGGGUGGAGGUGAGUGCCACGGUGGUGCCCAGCGCAGAGGUGGGGUCCAGUGUGGAGGUGGCCAGCUGCAGGUCCUGUGGACAUUCAGGUGCCCAGGAAUCUUUCCUCCAGGGCAAAUUCUGCAGCCCAGUCUGUGUGCAGCCUACCAGCGGCAGGUCGACCCCUGCUGAGGUUGUUGAGGGAGAGCGCUUGGGUAAACGUGUUCGGAAAAAGAAGAAGAUGUUUAUGGAGUCUGGAGAUGAGGAGGAGGAUGUAGCAGAAGAGGAAGAGGAGAAAAUCAAGGCUUCUAAAGGCAGAAGAGCAGCUAAACUUGCUAGACUAGUAACAGCAGCUCCCGUGAAAAAGAAGGCUUGGAGCUGGCCGGCGUACCUCGAGGAGGAGAGGGCUGUAGCCGCGCCUUUAAAACUCUUUAAGGAGCAUCAGUCUUUUCCUCAGAGCAGGAACGCGUUUAAAGUGGGGAUGAAACUGGAAGGUUUGGACCCCUGUCACCCCUCCCUGUUCUGUGUGCUCACCGUUGCCGAGGUCCAGGGCUACAGGAUGAGGCUUCACUUUGACGGUUACCCUGAGUGCUAUGACUUCUGGGUAAAUGCAGACUCAUGGGAUGUGAAGCCCCCAGGCUGGUGUGAGAAGACAGGACUCAAACUCCUGCUGCCAAAAGGCUGCAGGGAAGGUGAGUUUAACUGGAGCACAUACGUCAAGAACUGCCGUGGCCAGCUGGCUCCCAAACACCUUUUUAAAAGUCUGAACACGUCAGUUACACCUUCAGGGUUCCGCGCUGGGAUGAAACUGGAGGCCGUGGACAGGAAGAACCCGUCACUCAUCUGCGUGGCAACCAUCUCCGCCGUCGUCGACAACCGCCUCCUUAUUCACUUUGACAACUGGGAUGAUACCUAUGACUACUGGUGUGAUGCCAGCAGUCCAUAUAUCCAUCCUGUAGGCUAUUGUGAGGAGGCGGAGUUAACACUCACCACACCUGCAGAGUAUAAACACCCAAAGAGUUUCUCUUGGGAGAAAUACCUGGAGGAGACAGGGACGCAGGCGGCACCUGCCAGGGCUUUUAAACAGAGACCUCCUCACGGGUUCCAGGUGGGCAUGAAACUGGAGGCGGUGGAUAAAAGGAACCCGAUGCUGAUCCGAGUGGCCACUGUAUCAGACACAGAGGACCACAGAGUCAAGAUCCACUUUGAUGGCUGGAGUGAUGAGUAUGAUUACUGGCUGGAUGCAGACAGUCCUGACCUACACCCAGUGGGCUGGUGCCAAAAGACCGGACACCCGCUACAGCACCCCAAUGGAUCCACUGAUUCCCCGGUCCUCCCAGGACAGGGUUGCCCUACCCCAGGAUGCAACGGGGUUGGACACAUCAAAGGACCUCGCUAUGGAACCCACUAUACGGUGGUGAGUUGUCCGUACUCGGAGGUGAAUCUGAAUAAGGAGGGGCUGCUGCCGGACCGCCUGAGCGGAGAGAGGCCCGUCACCCUGUCCGGUCCACAGAAGCACCGCCGCAUAGACACACACACACACACGCACACGGCCAUCGCACACACCCCAAACGCCAACACGCCAGAGUCCACAGAGAGCACCGAACACACCCCUCAGGCCAGGUCUGCAUCCGCACUUAAGUGUGUGAAGAGCCAUGAAGUGAAACAGGAGGGAGAUGGGAAAGUUGAUUCUUUGCAGCAGUUUCUCCAUGACUCUGUGUUCUGUGGUUGGGAGCCUCCACGGUUUCAGCUCUGUUGGGAGAAACAUGGCAAACUGCUGCCUGAGGCCCUGGGUCUUACUGCCAAGAGAGUGUCUAAAUGGACCACUGAGGAGGUGGCCAGUUUUGUAAGAGGUUUACCAGGGUGUCGGGAGCACGCUGCUACCUUCAGGAAAGAGCAAAUUGAUGGCGAGGCCUUCCUCCUUCUCACCCAAUCAGACAUCGUAAAGAUUCUGAGCAUCAAACUUGGCCCCGCCCUCAAAAUCUACAACUGCAUCCUCAUGCUGAAGAGUGCCGACGAGGAGUAGACACGCCCCCUAGCAACCAGAGCGGUUGCUGACAUGCCCCCCUUAGCAACCGCAAACCUAUCAAACCAGGAGUGAAGACUUGCCGCUCCCUACCCCAGUGAGAUUUCAUCCAAUCGGAGAGAGGUCGCUCUUUGGUUGACAACUGCCCAGUCAUCAAAGCUACUUUUAAAUUCGUAACCAAUCAAGAAACUGCUUUACUGCACAAAGACUACAUGCGAUGCAUUUAAACAUGCCCCUUUCGAACCGACCUCACUUCCCUCUCUUAAAGCCCUCC